CUGCUUACACAUAAUACCGGUGGAUACGGAGGACGGCUCAACUAAGAAAAUGAUAAGGUCAUUCGAAUUACUGUGGCGAGCGAGUUUAUUGCUACAAUGAAACUGAAAAAAAUUGUACUGACAAUAGGAAUGAACGGAUGAUUUCUAUAGAGGCAAAGUCGAACCAAGUGGGCAGGCAAAUUUGAUAUAAAUACGCCGGAGGGGGGGCAAUGCGCUGUUAUCUGAGACCCUUGUGUCUGUCAAUGUGCAAGUAGACGCCAGAGCGGUGGAAGGUUUUGCUAAACCAAUCAAGGUGGAAUUGUACAAAACGAGUUCCACGUCCGGUGUAAUACGCACAUUACCGUGUUUGUGGGGGACGUGAAACAAGGAUGAUGCGCCUGGCUUGCUGCACCGUUCUCCUCUUCCUGCUCCGUCUCUUGGUGGGCCUGCCCUGGUUCCAGGUCCUCCCCUCCAUCCUCAUCUUCUACCUGAGCUCUGGAGGCUGGAAGUUCGUACUCAUUUUUGCCAAAACCAUCAGAAGAGAUUUACAUGCGGCAGGCGUCCUCCUCAAGGUGAAGUCAAACGUCAAUCGUCACCUGAAGGAACGAAACACCCUCCCUAAAAUCUUCGCCGAGACGGUGCGUCGCCAUGGGGACAAGACUGCGCUCAUUUUCGAGGGCACAGGCGAGAAGUGGUCCUUCCGGCAGCUGGAUGAGUACUCCAACCGUGUAGCCAACCUGCUGCUCCAGAGGGGCUUCGUGGAAGGGGAUGUGGUGGCUCUCUUCAUGGAGAACCGGUCCCAGUACGUGGGCCUCUGGCUGGGCAUGGCCAAGAUAGGAGUGGAGGCUGCUCUGAUCAACUUUAACCUGCGGCUGGAGGCCCUGGUGCACUGCGUCACCAUCUCAAACGCUAAGGCUGUGGUGUUCGGCAGCGAGCUGACCGAGGCUGUGUGUGAGGUCCACAGUUCCAUGGGGAAGACGGUACAGAUGCUGUGUUCAGGGGACUGGGACCCCAAAUGUGUCCCUACAGGGACAGAGUGCCUGGAGCCUCUACUGGAUGCCGCUCCGACCCACCUGCCCAUCCGCCCAGAUCGCUGCUUCACUGAUCGUCUGUUCUACAUCUACACAUCUGGGACCACCGGGAUGCCCAAAGCUGCCAUCGUGGUGCACAGCAGGUACUACCGCAUGGCAGCCUUGGUAUACUACGGCUUCGGUAUGACGUCUGAUGAUGUGUUGUACGAUUGCCUUCCACUCUACCACUCCGCAGGAAACAUUGUUGGCGUGGGGCAGUGCCUGAUCCACGGCAUGACUGUGGUCAUCAAGAAGAAGUUCUCUGCCUCCCGGUUCUGGGACGACUGUGCCAAGUACAACUGCACGAUUGUCCAGUACAUCGGGGAGAUCUGCCGGUACCUGUUGAACCAGCCGGUAAAGGAAAUAGAGGGUAAACACAAGGUCCGUAUGGCGCUCGGUAACGGCCUGCGCCAGUCCAUCUGGGAAGAGUUCACCUCUCGCUUCAACGUACCACAGAUAGCAGAGUUCUACGGAGCCACAGAGUGCAACUGUAGCCUGGGAAACUUCGACAACAUGACAGGUGCAUGUGGCUUCAACAGCCAGAUCCUCCCCUUCAUCUACCCCAUCAGACUGGUGAAGGUAGAUGAGGAGACCAUGGAGCUCAUCAGAGGCCCCGAUGGCGUCUGCAUCCCCUGUGGGCCUGGUGAGCCCGGCCAGUUGGUAGGCAGGAUCAAUCAGAAAGACCCCCUGAGAAGGUUUGACGGCUACGUGAACGAAGGAGCCAACAGCAAGAAGACUGCUAACAGUGUCUUCAAGAAGGGAGACACUGCCUAUCUCUCAGGUGACGUCCUAGUCAUGGACCAGUAUGGUUACAUGUACUUUAAGGAUCGUACAGGGGACACGUUCCGUUGGAAGGGAGAGAACGUGUCGACCACAGAGGUGGAGGGAACCCUGAGCCGUCUGCUGGACAUGAUGGACGUGGUAGUCUACGGAGUGGAGGUGCCAGGGGCUGAGGGGAAGGCUGGGAUGGCCGCCGUAGCAGAUCCAGAGAGAUCUACAGAUCUGGAGAAGUUUGGGAAGGAUCUAGAGAAAGCUCUGCCACCCUACGCACGACCCGUCUUCCUACGCUUCCUCAAAGAGGUCAAUAAGACAGGCACCUAUAAGUUCCAGAAGACAGACAUGCGGCGGGACGGUUUUGACCCCAGCAUGGUAUCAGACAAACUGUACCUCCUGGACCCCACCAGGGGGCGCUAUGUGGAGCUGCAUCAGGAGCUCUACAGCAGCAUCAUCUCAGGGAAGCAGAAACUGUAACUGUGAGAUCUGAUCACUCUUGCCACCCCCCCCAAAAAAAAGAAAUAUCACCCCAUCCACACACACACACCCUAUUCCUGAAGUCACUCUCCCUCCCCCAGAGAAACUCUUAACUCUUACAACCCACCGCUCUGCUCUCUCUAAGCCCACACCCCUCGUUACUUCAGUGACCACAGUGAGAGGCAGCUGGCUCAUCCAGGUCACAUGACAAGCCAAUCUGACACCAUAUCCCACGAUAGACCUAGAGCGACCUUUGACCUCUAAAGGCACCCCCCCAGAGCUUGACCUUGACCUGCCCUGGAGCUAUAGGAACGCUCGCUGGAAGGACACAGCUCGCUGGCUGAGAGGGGCGUGUGGCAUGUCCAGAAUGCAAAAACAUAGUAACUAACUCCAAAUGUAAGAGUCCUAGCUAUAGGAACUUGACACAGUGAAAGAACUUGAAUUGAUUGAAGGAAACCGUCCUGUUGGUCUGUCGGUUUGUCCGUCUCAUGUUGAGGUCAUUCCCUCAUAGGUCCAACCUGCACACUGCCCAGUCAGUGACCAGUGGCUUCUGUUGUGACACAAAAUGGCCGAUUUGGUUUUAGUGGUGUUGACUCAGCACAUCCAUGUUAGACAUACAGUACAGCUAACCUGAAACUGAUGGAUUUAAGUGCAAUAGGGCUCCAGCAGUGGCAGUGUACAGCUGUGAAGAAGCUCUCUAAUAUAUUUAAAUGUCUGCAUUAUACCAAAUAUAUUUAAUUUGUAGAAUAGUCUUUACACGUUUUAAAACAAAAGGAUGAUUGUAUGUUCAAGUUCCUGAUAAAAUGCCAAUUCAAAUUCUAGUCAUGUUUUACUAUAUCCACAAUUGUGCUCGGCUUUCUCCUGACCUCACCCACUAGGGGUGCUACUCCUAGUCUUCAACUAUAGAAUCUACAGACCAACUCCCAGCUGCUGGAGCACCAAUAACUCUUACAGUUUCAAACCUGGUUCUGAAUGUUUUGAUUCAGAUUCUGAAUGUCCUGAUUCUGCUUUAAAAAAAAAAAUGUUUGUCUGUGUCAACAUUGUGCAGGUUGGGCCCAAUGGAUUGGCUUCGUCUUGUAUGGCACAGUAGACAUUUUAAAGCUUGCCGAAGAGCGUGCUGAAGUGAAAAGCACUAACCUCCUGUCUCUGAGGUGUUGUUGAGGAUAAUACUCUGGUGCUACGGACAGAAGGAGACUCUGACUCUGGUGCAGCAAGCCAAAUGAUCUAAACAGGCCUCCAACCCUGUUCCUGGUGAGUUACGGUCCUGUAGGGUUUCACUCCAACCAUAAUCUAGCACACCUGAUUCUAAUAAUUGAUAAGCUGAAUCAGGUCAGUUAAAACUGGGGUUGGAACAAAAACCUACAGGAGGGUAACUCUCCAGGAACAGGGUUUGAGAGACCUGAUCUAAAGAUGGUCCUUGCUCGAAGGGGGAAGAGGAGAGGAUAAGAGAAGAGAGAAAAUAUUCUUAUUUUCGUUAUUGUUUGUUCUUCUCCUUGUUUCAUCUUCUCAGCAGCAUGAAUGAUCAACAGAGUACUGUGCCUUUACUGUGAGCUUACCCUCAGAUUCACAGACCCUGUCCCCAUCACCCCCUAACCCUUCACUCCCUACAGUCCCAUCACCCCCUACCCUAACCCUUCACUCCCUAUCCUAACCCUUCACCCCCUACUGUCCCAUAGCACCCUACUCCCUCACUCUCCUAUCGCUCCCUUGUCUGUCCUCUGUCCCUAUCAUCAGGUAUUAAACCACAUUUCCCAUUCACUUUUAUUCAGCACCCCAAUUCUGUUGUGCCCUAACCCAUGAUCACUCCUGUUAGGCAUGUCUCCCCACGUCUCCCAACCUCUCAUCCAGUCUCUCACCAAGUCCCUCAAACGCUCACCCUUCCCAGGCACCUCUGUUUGAUCCUUGCUUCUCUUGUUAUGGCUAGACAUUCCUCUCGGUCUGUCAUGAUGUUAUUCCCUCAGCUCCGAGGACAUGGCGUGUGAUUAACGACAGUCACCUCCCCAGCUCUCGUACCGUCGGCAGUACUCUACGUGAUGUGUCACCAUGUCCUCUCAAAACAAACAAAUUAUGAGCCGGUUUCGUCAACCAAAUAUCCUGUCUGUGUGAAAUCGAAGGUGGAGACCGAGGCACAAUGAUUCUCCUUGUCUUCUGUCUGGUGUGUCUCUUGUCGUGUUACACGUGCACACCUCGCUGAUGAGGAAGAGGAAGUGACAACAUAGUUCUCCAGCUCCACCCAUCAGUAUCAGUGUAUUUAUUACUAGUGAUGAUUGUUUCAUUUGUCAAAUGUUUGAGGAAGAAAAAUGUUUAAGGGGGGAAAUGUUGCAAAGAAGAGUAUAUACAUUUUGGGGUUAUAUGAGAAUGCUGCUUUGACUCUUGUGAUCCUGGGGUGUCAAAUGAUAGUAUGACCACAAGGUGGCGCCUGACUGGGCAGCCCCAGAGGAGUCCAAAUGGGCAAUAUUCUGAAGUGGCUUCCUUUCCUUGUCUCCUUUCCUCCAUCUGCACCGAUCUGAAAGGAGUGGAGGUGAAAAAUAGCCAUAUUGUUUACACCUAUGCUGUUGUGUUGAAGCAGAGGAGACGAGGAGAGGAAUCUGUUUUAGACUAUUGAGAUUCACCACCUCUCUGCCCCAGAUGUUUCCUUUCCCACUUUUUUGUCAUUUUAAAUAAUUAUUUUAUAAAGUAUUAGUCAUUCUUUAUCUGAUUGUGCAUUGACUGUCGCGGCUAUGCAUUGCAUUUGUUAGUUAUUUUCUGUGUGUGAAAUCAAAGCUUUGAUGUCGCAGGGUUCUGGAAGUGAGUGAAGGGUUUCCGUGACAUUAUGUCUACCUGUUUGACUGUAACCAGAACCCAAACCUAUGACGGCACCAGCCCAUGAUCUUAUGACACUGAAUAGAGACAGACUGUCAUCUGUCACAGGCUCUCUGAGGUUGUGUGUCUUUGGGACGGUUUCCUGGACACAGAUUAAGCCUAGUCCUGGACUGAAACAUGUCUCCAUUGAAUAUGCUUUUUAGGGAAACCAACCCCCUAUGUCUGUCAAACCAAUGGGAGCUAUAGUAGUGUGAGAGAGUGACAGGGUGUUGGUCACAUCUUUAACCAGAGGGAGGCUGUGUUUCCCAGAAAAAUCCUCAUUGCUGCUGCCUACUGCUACCCAUAGAGAUAGAUAAAGGACUCAUCUUUGUAUCUGCGCCAUUAUAAUGCCUAUGGCAGCAUGGAGUAGUCUCCAUUAGGAAGUAGUCAAUUUUCUUAUUCACGAUUGGCCGAUCCCUCCUGAUGACCCGGUUGGACAUGACUCCAACAGGGUCUCCAGGAUGGAUCAGUCAAUGAAGUUGGAAGUCCCACCCAGUUGACUACUUUCAAAUUGUGGAAGCCUUCAAUGGCGCUGCCCAUGCUAACAUGGCCUUUUGGCCACUAGAGGCCUCUAUCAUUCUCUAGUACAGUGGUCACCAACCUUUUCUGAGUCAAGAUCACUUUCUGAUUCAAAAUGCAAGCUGAGAUUUACUGCUCAUAUUUAUUUUUUAAAUGUAAGCCUAUGCAACAUUAACCAAUUAAAAACUGUUCUGUAGCAAUGAAGUUUGUGCAGUAGGUUAUGGGCCGAAGACACUAUCACUGUAUAUUGGCUACGCUUGACUUGCCCUGCCAAUGUUGUUCUUCUCAGACCAUUUUGAAAUUAGAUAUUUUUUAAAUGUGGUAUAUGAUCACACUGGUAAUUGUUAUAUUCAUUGUGAGGCACAGCUCAGGCUCAUGGCCUGCAUCUGAUGGUUAGUCUGAGGUGAGAGUGACACAGUCCAGCUGAAACUCAAGUAGCACUGCAUUAUUUCUGCCUCAUGCACCAAUUCAUGUUACUCCUAUGACCAGAGAAAGUUAAAUAUUCCUUGAUAUUAAAGACAAGCUGCUAAUAAUAACAAAAGCUUAUUGAAACACUUUGCUAUACUCAUUCAUUACGGCUGCAUGUGUGUCUCUCUGGUCAUGGUUUUGAAAUCUCACAGAUGGCUCAGAUCACUGUGCAGUCAUGGUGAUCUGAGCUAUCUGAUUGGCCAGUGGUAGGCCUAUAGGUGCCCUUGAUUUGCUCUCUGGGCUGGCCGGGUAGGCGGAGUAUUACCUUCAGACACAUGAAAUGGUUGACAACACUUGGCCUUCCCAGCGCUAGGGCUGCUGAAUCAAGUGCACCUCCCGCCAACAGCACUAAAUACAACCAAACAAUAGGAACGCAAGGCUUUAUCGUUGGGUUUUUAACAGGAAUGUUUGGUGAUCGACUAGGAAUGCCUUGGAGAUCGAAUUGUCCAUCACGAUCGACCGGUUGGUGACCGCUGCUCUAGUGCUACCAUACCAGUGAACCUUCAUUCCAUAAGAGUAACCAUUAUGUCCCUAACUAAGUGUAUUAAAGAAUGUCUGAUGUAUUUAUAAAAUCAAUGCAUUGCUCUUCUAUAGUACUGGGAUUAUGGCUAAUGAAUAAAACAGAUUGAUGAAUGGAAACAGUAUGUUUAUCCACUGUGUUGUAUUGAAGAGUCUCAAAGGGCCAUUAAGUAAUGGUCUAUACCAUGCUGUUUGAUCAUCCUUCACAUCAGUUAUAUGGUAUGCUUGAGCCAAUCGUGAGGCCUGAUGCUAUGAGAAACAGGAAGUAAGAUAUAGCACUAGAAGCCUGCAUUGAAUAUAUUUGUUUUUUUGUGGGGUUUUUUUACUCCUUUUUCUCAAUGCACUCUAGCCCUUGAUCUGUCAAGAAAACUGCAUCAGACACCUAAACCUAUCAUGGGGUAGUGUGCAUUGUGUGGGGACCAAAACAUCUUUCUCCUAACUGAUGAUUGAUUGGGCCAUAAUUCUGUAUCUCUGGUCAGAAAGAAUCACUCCAGUUCAGUAAUAAUAAUAACCUGUUCUUCUCACUGACCUGGCCACAUGAUGCACAUUUAAUUUGUCUUGUUUUUCUGUUCUGUUGUGGUACUCAGGAACAAUGAGCAAUGGCAGAGAAGGGAAGGUGUGUGUUACUUUGUUGGACAGGCUGCCAUGCUUAGUAUGUCAUACAGAGUGUGUGUGGAGGAGGUGUGUGGUGUCUGCAACACACUGACAUCUUGUAUCUAAAAGACUAGCUGGCUGUAAAUCAUGCAUUUAAAAAAAAUUGCCAACGGCAAAUCCAUAUUAAUAAAAAGCAUUUAAAUUG